GAGAUCUGGAAGGGAAUGGAGCCCAGUGACAUGUACUGUGCUUGUUGCUGGCAGAUCUGAAGGCAACUAGCGCAAUGAUAUUUGGACUACGUGGGAAGCACAAGAACGUGAUGUAACUGAGGAAAGCAUAGGCCAACUGUUUUCGUCCGUCCGGUAGUUGGCUCACGACUCGAAGCUCACCUUCAUUCUCCUCCGGAGUCCAAGCCAAAAAUAACAUUCCGAAGAGAAGACGUACUUUGACUCUCGGAGGGGCCCAACGAGUCGCCGGUUGGAUCGUUCUCUCAGCAUCAUGAGCAGCAGCAGCAGCAGCAGCAGACGCAGGAAAUCAGUUUUCUGCGUCUGCGAAUGCCAAAGCCGAGGAGGAAAUUAUUGUGGCUACAGAACGGGAGAGCUAUUGUGGAUUGAUUCUUCGGGCUUGGGACGCCGGGAGAGAUCGGAGAGGACGAUAGAAAACCUGGACAACACGGUGGAGGCCAUUAUCGCGGAUCGGUGCCGUCCCGAGGAGGAAGACGAGGAGAAUAUAGGGCUACGGAAAGGAGAGCGUAGAGGUGUGGGUGGUACAGGAAUGUCCCUUUUCAGGAGUUAGUGGUGAUGAACGCGGAAUGUUGCCAUCAUCAAUGCCAUCCAUCUACGGUUCGGCUGUCACGGACGCAGGCAGGCUCCGCCAACGAACGCCGUGCGAGAGACGAGCAGCUCUGCCCGGUCGGUGGUCGACGCAGUCCCGCCUCUGUCUGCGCUCUGCCCAUUACUGUGCAGUACACGCAGACAUCGCAUCCAUCGGUCCACCAAUCAAUCAGUGCGUGCGCAACUCGGACUCCGCACUUCCAUCCACUGGCUCCAGCCGGUCGACGUCGGGUGCAGUGCGGCACCGAGGGCCAGAGCAAGAGAAAGAGAAAACGAAAACGAAAACUAAAGCCACAGAGUCACGCACCAAGAGUCAGAUUCGCAGAUCAUUUAUUGACCCGGCCUCGGUCUCGGUCUGCUCCGCGACCCGUGACGCGUGGCCAAUUUACGAAUGGGUUGGAGCUCCACCCGCGGGGCCAGGGGCAGAGUCCCGUUUCGGGAUUCGGGGCCCGGCGUCUAGACUCUCUGGAGCCGGGAGUCCACAGGCUUCCGUUGCUUCGGCAACUGCAUCCAUGCGUCAAAGCAAGUCAAAGACCCAAUUGCCAAGGCGGACGGACAGACGGAGGCCCUGCCUGCCUGCCUGCCUGCCUGACUGACUGGAUGACUGACUGACUGACCGACCGACCGACCGACCGACUGACUGAGUUGCUGGACUGUUGUGCCUGAACCCGUACCUGGGCGCGGGUGGCGGGGCGGGGCUCGGGUGGAGGAGGUGGUGGGUGCGGGGCUGGGGAGGAAGUUAAAGCAAGGUGGGGGCGAGAAUUUGGAGUUGGCGCGGAUGGGCGUGCACGCACUGUUUCGCCGUAUGAGCUUCGCAAGGCAGCGAUUAGCGGAGCGCGCGCGCGAGAGAGAGAGAGAGAGAGAGAGAGAGAGACGGAGAGAGAGAAAGAGAGAGAGAUAGAGAGAAAGAGGUCACACGAUUUGGCGGUUCCUGGUUGGUUGGCGGUCCUGACAUCCAGCGCAGCGCAGCGUUUGUGUGCGCGAGUUUCUGCUCGCUCGCGGCCCGACUCCGACGGACGACGACGACGACGACGAUAUCGCAAGAGCGAGCGAGUG